GCGAAACGUUACCCAACAUUUUUAUUAUUCCGCGCGGAUUUUUUUAACAAUUUCGUCGUCUAUAAAAACGUUACACGGCGUACGUGCCCAUAAAAACGAUUUUCAGCGGAGAUUUUAAAAUUCAAACGGUUUUUUGUUUUUUUUUUUUUUGUUUUAUUAUGUGUAGGAUAGUGUUACUAUUUUUGCUGGUGCGUGGGACAUCGCAGUUUUUUGAUGAGAAAUUCUUUAACGACAACCGCCACAUAGCCAAAGCCGUGGUGGAGGCACUCCAGGACCGGCAAUUCAACGACCAGCUGACCUUCGACCUCAAGAAGGAGAACCAGGUCUUCCUCAACAGGACUAUGUCGCUGCUCAUCAAAUAUAUUGUCAAGAGGGAGGUGGACUUCUACCGAAAACGUCGCGCAGAAGCCAUCAGUCGCAAGAUCUACUCCGCGCUCGUCAUGAAGCUCAUCGAUAUAGCUCGGGAUCUACCCAGAAACCAGUCGGCGACCCAGCGCAUAGACACCGCACACCACUACUACAUGACGGUGGAAUCGCGAGAUCUACACGACGAGAUCGCCGACAGACAAGUGUUCCAUGUUUGCGCCAGGCUUUAUGACAUCCUGUUCACUGCGCCCAGAAUUUUCACCCAACUGGGAAGACCAGAUGACCUGACGUCCAGGAACCUAGUUCGCCGUCUGCAGGACAUUAAUGUGAAGCCGGUUCACCUAGCCGCAAUGCUGGUUAUACAGUACCACCUCCGUCGAACAGUCAACUACGCAAUCCACAACAACGUUCUCGAGGUCCUAAGCGCCGAGCCUCAUAAGGUCGGACCUGCCACCAUCGGGACCUUGAAGGACUUAGCAGCACUUGUGUUACCAGUGGUGGAAAUGCUGGAUGUUCAUUUAGCCCAUUCCAGUCCAAUGUUUAGAGAUUCAUGUCCGUCCACUUGGCUUGGUAUUGUCAAUCAUAAAUAAUAUUGGUCUCAC